CGAGACAACACUUUCGACUUCUCUCCCGACUUGGAUUUCAUCUAAACAUACAUCUCGAUACAACCGAAUACAGUUCGACUGAAUUCACUCCCACCCACCUGAUCAUCCUGCGGCGUUGACAACGUUGCCUUCUAGCAAAUUCGUCGAAUCAAACUCCUACCAACUAGCAAUGGAUUUCGGAGGUGCUCAGAGCGGCGGUGCCGGUGGCCGCACCUGCUACACAUGCGGGCAACCCAACCACCAGGCUCGCGACUGCCCUAACCGUGGCGCUGCCAAGUGCUACAACUGCGGUGGUGAGGGACACAUCAGCCGUGCCUGCCCUGAGGAGCCUAAGGACCAGAAGAUCUGCUACCGAUGCAGUCAGCCUGGCCACAUCUCCCGUGACUGCCCCUCCGGCGGUGCUGGUGGCGGCGGCGGCGGCGGUGGCGGCCAGUCCUCUGGUGCUGAGUGCUACAAGUGUGGUGAGGUCGGUCACAUCGCUCGCAACUGCUCGAAGGGCGGAUACGGCGGCGGUGGCGGCGGCGGCUACAGCGGUGGUGGUGGCGGCUACGGCGGCGGCUACGGCGGCGGUGCCGGUGGCAAGACCUGCUACUCUUGCGGUGGUGUUGGCCACAUGUCGCGCGACUGCGUGAACGGCAGCAAGUGCUACAACUGUGGCGAGACCGGCCACUUCUCGCGCGACUGCUCCAAGCGCUCGACCACUGGCGAGAAGAUGUGCUACAAGUGCCAGCAGCCCGGACACGUCCAGGCUGAGUGCCCCAACAACUAAACCUCUUUUACCUCGAAAAUGGCCGAUGAUGUAAACGCACGUACCCUGUGCGACCCGUCUUCUCAUGACGAGCGAAGAGGAUGGCCGGCUGCCUGGGGGCAGCCUGUCUGUUGAGAGUGCGGAGGAGAGAGUGAGGAAACGAAAACUCCUUUCUUGUGGGUGGCCACAGAGUGUGGCUCCACGUGGGUCGCGUUGGGUUGCUUGUUAUUUGCACCAUCUGGAUACCCCCCAAAAAUGAUAUGGGAUUUUGCUGCGGUUUAUUUAUCAUUUGUCCUUUGCUCUACCUUUCUACCUCGGCUCAUGUUCUGCCAUCUUUUACUACUGGAUGGUUCUGACCAUUCGACAAGGGGCGAUGACAAUAAUUACGCGAUGAUUUAUACGAUGAAAACAGGGAAUCAGGGAAGACGCAGUGUUACGAUUGAUUAAGGACGUCGAGAGCGGACUUGGCUUUUUGUCUCAGCAAAGUAUUUUUUCAUAUGGUCUUGACGCGUGGAUUUGCGAUCAGGGAGUUCAUGGACCGGCCGGCCUUUGAAAAACAAACUGGGUUUCUACAAAAGUCUUUGCGUCUUGUUUUGCCUCGCAGUCAUUAUUUGUUGCCAUUUGGCUGUUGUAGCCGAUGUCUUUUGAUCUCGUGGUCUUUUUAAAAAGUGUUGAUGUGUCGAUGGACUGAUGGAAACAACGUCGGGUCAUGUACAAACUUGUUUCGGGCCAUCUCCAAGGUACUUGCGGCAUCCGCCCGGUAUGAUAUUGUGUCGCAGGAUGAGUUCAAGUGGAGAUGCUUAUGUCGUCGCGGCCAACCUUAAAAAGGCAUACCUUCUACCUACGGACAUGUCAAGAAAGAUUUUUUAAAAAAAAACCUUGAUAUUUUCAUCACAUCUAGCAUCAGUUUCUAUAUAUUACAGACGAAAUCAACACCAACUCAUAGCUUAUAACAUGG